CGCAGAAGCGUGAAACACGGCGCCGGGUACGGUUGUGUUUUUGUGAUUUCUUGUAAAUUGAAAGUUUGAAAAAAAAAAUAUUAAUCAAAUGCACGUUUACUAGUGACGCGGUAAACUUUUUCCCCUUUUGUCCUUUUUUCUAUUUAAAGGAACAUUACAAGUGUUUUGCAUAUGACAGUGUAAUUUACAAGUGUUUGUGACAAGUUUUUUUCAUUGCAGAAAUUUUACGCGGUCGCCGGAAGGAUUUGUUUUUAUUUUUUGGGAAGUGAUUAGAAAAUCGAAGCCAAAAUGGGCUGUACGUCGCGGUGUGCCAAGUACUUUCUAUGUUUCUUCAAUUUCAUUUUUUUCAUCGCCGGAGGUGCAGCCUUAGCCGUUGGUAUCUGGCUGAUUGCUGAUAAAAAUUCCUUUAUCAACCUAAUCAGGCAAAUUGAUGAUACUGAUGUUUUGAAUAAUACAGAUGCUCAUAUUCUUGAGAUGAUCUCCUACAUUUUAAUAAUUGCCGGAGCACUGACUUUCUUUGUCAGUUUUCUUGGAUAUUGUGGAGCAAUGUUUGAAUCUCGAUGUCUUCUGUGUGUCUAUGGUAUUCUGAUUCUCAUUGUUCUUAUUCUGGAAUGUGUUGUUGUUGGACUUGCCUUUGAACUUAAAGGAGAUGCAGAGAAAGAGACGCAAAAUUUGUUAAAAUCAACUAUUAAGUAUUAUUCAGGACAAAAUGAUGCCGUGACGCUUGCUUGGGAUCAAAUCAUGACUCAGUUCCAAUGCUGCGGUGUCGAAAACUAUAAUGAUUUUAAAUAUGCUACGAAUUGGACCCAACGUAAAACAGUACCGGAAGCCUGCUGUAAAAAAGGAGGACUGGAUUCAAAUUGCAUUUUUAAUCCAACAGACGAUAACUCUAACUAUCAAACGGGAUGUUUCAAAAAAUUGGUGGAAGCUAUUGAGAAUAAUGCAGAGAUAAUAAUUGGCGUGUGCGCUGGUUUGGUCUUCAUCGAAGUGUUGGUCAUCAUUUUGGCUCUGUACCUCGCCUGCUGUCAUUGGCGACCACAACAUGUUAAUCGAUGUGUUGAGCAACCUAACAAGGAGUAAACGAUAAAAACACGUCCAUCGCGGGUCACACGAUUGAUCUAACAGCGAAACUAACUUUUCUCUCAUUCAAGAAUCUCGUCUCUCAUCGAGGACGGUGUUUUUUUUUUUUUUUUUUUUUAUUUUUUUUUAAUUUUUUUUUUUAUUUAUGCAUUAAUGCAUAUGUAUAUCAUUUCCCAAAAUUCGAUGAUUUUCAUAUUUUUAUUCAAUCACUAACCAAAUUUCACUUAUUUACUGACCCCCCCCCAUCAUUUUCCCCCACAUUAGAACUAAAUUGUUCUCGAGAAUUGUAUAUACAUAUGCCUCUUUUCUGCGCACGUUUAAUUCGCAUUGAAAAAAAACUGCUGAGAUCCUCAACAGAGAUGCAGUUUUCUGGAAAAUAUUUAUUUUUUAUUUUGAUGAAUUAUUAUAAAUGUGUGCGUAAUUGACGUGUGCGAAUUGAGAUUUGAAAUUAUUUCGAAUCAAUUUUUUUUUCUUUGUUUAGAAUCAAAGAAUUAAUUUAUGAAUUGAAUUAGAAAUGGUGACUGUUUUGAAUUUUUCAUUUCAUUGCAAUUUGUAUAUUUUCUACUAAUUUGCAAUGUUAUUUUAAAUUUGAAUUUUUAUCCAUUUUCUUAUAAUUCUUCAAUAAUUCGUUAAGUGAAAAAAAAUUAAUUCGAAACAAAAUGAUUUCAGUGAAUAUAAUAAUUUCCUGAGUAGUUGCAAUUCAAAGAUUCGAAUUCAAGUAGAAUCGUUAAAAAAAACAGUAUACUUCGAAUUGUAUUGAAUUCUAAGUUUUUCCCACAUCUUUAAUUUAUUAUUGAAGAAUGUUGUUAAAAUUAUCUUUCAUGUCCCAGAGAAUAUAUUUUUCGAAUUUUUUUUUACGGAAAAUUCUUUAAAUAAUGUCGAUCCUCAAAUUUUUGUUAAAUAUUUAUUCAAAAAUUUUAUUUAACUUUUCAUUCACAGAUAUUAUUGGAAUUUUGUGUUGAGUUUAUUUUAAAAUAUUGAAAAUUGAUUUUUUUUUCUUAUGGAAAAGUUGAAAGUAUAUGGAAGUUACUUUCACAAAAAAAAGUAUUUUUGUUGGGUUUGGUUUUCUUUUUUUUAAAUUUUUAUUUAAUUGUAUUAUAGAAAUGUAGAGUACAAUGAGAUGUACCUGAGAUUAAAAAUUCUGCAUCUCUGGGAUCAAAGAUAGUAUUUAGAGAAUAUAAAAGUUGCACUAAGAAAUUUUAGGGAGUUUCAUCGUUUAAAGCAUUAAAAUCACUUCGUCGACAUAUUAAUAUUAAAAAUGAAUAAAUAAAAAUACACUGUAUAAACAGUUUUCGCAUGAGCGCUCUCAAUGCGAAUUUUUUGGAGUCAGUAGGCUUUUUCGUCCGAGGAGAUAUUUCUUGUACGUUUGUUCGCGAAGUUGGAGCAAAACUAUCUAUGUGUCGUUCUUGUAUAAAACGCAGGCAAAAAUUUUUUCCAUGUGCUUGCAAUAUUGUUAGGCUGAAAGAAUGUUUAGCUCUGCGAACAUUUUUGGACGUCUGUAAAUUAUAAAAUUUAAAGAAAAAGAAAAAUUUUUUUCAAUUCGAAAUUAUUAUUGGAAAAUAUUAAAAAUUUCAAACUUAAUUGAAAAUAAAUAUAUUCAAACUAAUAAAUAAAUAAAAAAUAAUGCAAAAAUUUAAAAAAAAAUGAAAAUUUAAAAUUUAUGACAUAAUAAAAACAAUAGUUCUGAGAUUAAUUUACAGACGCUCCAAAUUUGUCUGACUUUCUGAUUCGAGUAAAAACUUGAAUUCAAGCCAUCCUCUGUCCCCUAUUAAUGAGGACAAGCGAAUAAUUGGUAAUCGUAAAAAUACAUUUAACAAAAAAAAUAAUAAUAAUAAUAAACUCUGACACAAGGAAAGGUUAAAGCCAUUGAUAAAAAGAUCGUUGUUUUUAGCUUGUGUAGAUGUAUCGUCAAGACAUGCCUGGUGAAGAUGAAGCGAGUUAUUUUGCGUCUCAAGUAAGGAUGCAGGUUUUUUUUUCAUUUUUUUGACAAAUUUAACAACACCGUAAUUUUAUGUGUCAUUAGAUUAUAACAGACUUAUACUGUCCUUACAAAAACAAAAGAACAAAAAAAAAGAACAAACAAACAAACCUUCUGUAUAAUUAGCUGUAGAGCCUUAACUAAACAGGCAUGAAGGCUUUUCGCGCUUUUCCUUUUCUUUCUCUCUUUCCCUGCAUGUCAUUGCCACUAAUUAUUAUUAUUUAUCAAAACCCAAACAACAUGCAAAAUACCAAAGAGAAAAGAUGUAUUUUUUUUUUGUUUUGGCCUCUCAGAGGUUGAAAAAAAAUGAGUUAUUUUAACACUCAUUAAUUAGAAGACAUGUUGUCUGGGAUAUUUUUGAAAAGCUUCCUCAGUGUUAUUUUUACCAUAUUAUAACAAUUUUCAUGAGCCUUAAAAGUUAGCACAAAUUUUCACAGUUUUCUUCGCUAAGAUACAAAUAUUAGGGGAAAAGUCAAGAAUUUGAAAGUCUUUCCUUUAAAAAUAUUGAUAUAUAUGUAUAUUGUACUUUUUUAUUUUUGAAAGAUUUUCCAAAGUUUUUGCUGCAGAAAAUGAAAAUAUAGCUACUAAAUGUAAAAUGAUAUAAAAGAAUGAAGAGAAUGAUAAAGAAAAUAAUUUUUCAAACAUUAUUAAAUGGGAAUUAUUUAAAGAAAUUUGGUAAAAAUAAUAUUUAUAAAGAAUAAAAGAAAAAUUAUAAAGAAUAUUAGAAAAAUAUUUCAAAGACAGAUCAUUAAUUGAGAAAUUGUAAAAUUUAAAAGAGAUUUUCUUUAUUUCGAAAAUUCAGGGUAAAACUAGAAAUAAAAAUUUAAAAAAAAAAAUGUUAAAAAAAACUGAAUGAAUAAGAAGAGAGAUUUUAUUUAAGAAGUGAUUUCCGUCCUAAGAAGAUUUUCUUAUAAAAGCAAUAAUAUAUUAUUUAUUUGCUUUAUUCAAGUAAAUUUCUUACAUUGAAAGUAAAAAAUUCACUUGGAAUUUUUAAUAACGUAUAUAUAAUAUUUAUAUUUUUGUUAUCAAAUUAAGUAUCAAUUAUAUAAUUACUUAUUUAUUACCAAUUAGAAUUAUUUUGAUUAAAUUAUAGUUAUCUGAAAAAUUUAAUCAAAAAAAUGUUUUAUAAUUAAUGACAAAAAAUUUAAUUUAAAAUAUCAUUUUUACUAUAUAUAAAAGUACAUAAUUGUUAAUGCGUGUACAUAAUAAAAAUCGAUGUUUGUGGAUAAUUUGUGCUAAUUAGCUCGACAUAUUGUUAUUUUUAUACAUAUUUUAAGAACGUACGUAUUCGCAUGUGUGCUUUUUUUCAUCUAGAACAUUAAUUUUCGAUUUUUAUUAUAACAUGUGAUUGAAUAAAAAAAAACAUUCGUUAAAUUUUUUUUAACAACAAACAUUUUUUUCUUAUCUUCAAGAGCACAUUUACGCAUGCGUACGUAAAAACAUAGCGUUUUAUUAUUACCGUUUGUUCCACAACAAAACCAAUCAUACGACAUUAUCAGGAUUCAGAAGUAAAAAAGUGAAAAUUAAAAAAUUUUUUGUUCUUCAAGAAAAAAGAAUUUUUUAUGAAUUUUUUUGAAAAAAAAAACUUGGAAACGUAAUUUCAUUUUGUUUCUCAGUAUUUAAAAAGAAAACAUUUUUUUUUUAAUGAUGAAAAUUAAAAUUUUUUUAUUUAGUUCGGAAUAAUAGCAAUGAAUACAGUGAAACUUGUGAAAAAUUAUAUUUUUUUAAAAAUAUUUCGUUUCUAUUUCAUUUUUUAUUUGAGACUAAAAAAUUUAUUGAUGAAUCCUGUAUUUUAUAACUCGUUCAAUGUCGCACAUUUAGACGUUUUCGUUUCCAGUGAUAACAUUUUGGUGCUGCUGCUGACGAGACGUUUUAGAGCAUGGAACAAUUGAGUAGUUCCUUCAUAGCAUUGCACCUUGAGUCCUUAGAGAUCCUGUGCCUUGCUCGCUUGAAAAAUAAAAAAAAAACAAAAAAACAAAACUAGAAAGCUAGUCCCUCAUUGGCUGGCAGAAUCCGUCGACAUUUUUUUGCUCCUGGUGGGCAAAAAAAAGAGAAAAAUUUAAAGAAAAAAGAGAAAAGUACCGAGGAACGAGAGAUGGAAAAUAACAGAACAUGGAGACUUAAGUUUCCAAAAGUAGUACCUUAUAUAUUUUCAUGCUUCCAAGCACGAAGACUUUGAAAAAAAAGAGAAGAAACGAUUUUUAUUUCUUUUUGUAUUUUAAAAUAUAUUUCAAAGAAAAAAAAAUAUCGAAAAAAAAUUUUUGUUUUAUUUUUAAUAUUCAAUAUUCGAUUUAUAUUCUUUGUAAUUAAAUUUUUGUCUUUUGUUAUUUAAAAAAAAAGAAACGUUACCUCUAUUAUAUAUUUGUUUUUUUUUGUAACUCGAGAAAAAUGUUUCUCGAAUUUCGAUUUUAAUACUCUAAGUCGAUAUAUAGUUUAUCUAACAUUUUGGAGUUUUACUCGUAAAAAUUUUCGUUUACAUGCGAUGCACUAUAAAUAAUGUAUUUAUUGAAAAAAAAUAUUUCUUUGUUUUUGUUAUAUUUUUUUUCGAUGUGUUAAACCGUUGUGUGUGUACAAAAGAAAAAGCAAAUAUUAUUGUCAACGUUCGAUUUUCAAUUUUAGCUUCGAGGAACGAGUAAAAUUUCCUCGUCAAAUAAUAAAAAUUAUGAAAAGCGAUUCAAUAUUGAUAAAAAAAAACGUUCGUACAAAUCAAUGUUUCUCUUUGAUUUGUAAUUUGAAAAUUGAAACAAUGGUUUUAAAAAAUGUAUGCGAUCUACGAAUAAAAAACAAACAAACAAGAAAGAAAAGUGGACUUUAAAAUUUCCUUUUUUCUUUAAAAAAAAAAAAAAAAAAAAAAAAAAAAAAAAAAAUCGCUCAAUCAUUUUUCUAUUUUUUCAUAAAAGAAAUAUUUCUUUGAAUGAAAUCAAAGAAAUUUUUCUUUUGCUUAUCAAAUAAUGAAAAAGGAGAUUUUUUUUUGCCACAAAAGUUGAAAAGUAUUAAAAUUAGAAAAAGGUAAAGAAUGAAGUUUGAACGAUGCUUUGAUCGAUGGUGAUGUAACGAGUGUGAUUUCUUUUUUUUCUACUUCUUUAAUUCUCAAUGAAAGAAUCUGUAAGAACUGGUCCGUAAAAACAUAAAUAAAAAAAAUACACAUAUACAAAAAAACACUCACAUAAACAUUAUAAUAAACCAAAUACACAUAAUAUGCAACAAAUAAAACACUCACACAAAACACACACUUUUAUACAGAGACUGAUACCUGACCUAAAAAUGUAUAUAUUUGACACACGAUAAAUUUACGAUUAAAUAAUUAUUAUUGCGAUUCAUGAUAAUUAUACUAUUCUAUAAUUACGAUAUAUUUUACUGUAUUAUUAAUAUUAAUAAUAUGUAUAAUUAUAGUCUAUACGGACCUAGUGUCGCCGAUCUGUUUAGAUUUAUUAAAUGUUUUUCUGUUUCUUUUGUAAAAAAAAACUGUACACACUAAAUUUAAAAAAAUAAAAAGAAGUUUUAUAUUACUAGAAA